UGGCACAUCAGAGACCCAGUAUAUAUAUUAGAAGUUUCUAAAAUACCCCUGCAUAGUACUCUCACCAGUCAAAAUCACCAUUUCUGAGGGUUUUUAACUCACCAGAAAAAAAAGAGAAACACUAUCUCUUAAUAAAUCGACUCUUCCCAACCAGAAUUUGAGGAGGAACACAAAAAUAAAUUAAUCCCAUGGCUGGAAGAACAGCGAUUCAUCAACUAUUGAGGAAGAAGCUUCAAUCUCAAUCUUCAUCUACCCCAGUAUUGUCAUAUAUCUUUCCGAAGCAAGAUCAAGAUGGAGCUGGAUCUGCUGGGAUGAAAUUCUUAAGAGCAUCUGCCCUCCUUGGAGCAGGGGUUACUGGGAUUUUGAGUUUCACAACCGUAGCAUCUGCUGAUGAGGCAGAGCAUGGUUUAGCUUGUCCAGACUACCCUUGGCCUCACCAAGGAAUUCUGAGUUCCUAUGAUCAUUCAUCGAUUCGUCGUGGUCAUCAGGUUUACCAACAAGUUUGUGCGUCUUGCCAUUCAAUGUCUCUAAUUUCAUACCGUGAUCUUGUUGGUGUUGCAUAUACAGAAGAGGAGACAAAAGUUAUGGCUGCUGAGAUUGAGGUCGAAGAUGGACCUAAUGAUGAAGGUGAGAUGUUUACUCGGCCUGGUAAGCUAAGUGAUCGUUUACCUCAACCAUAUGCAAAUGAACAGGCUGCUAGGUUUGCUAAUGGAGGUGCAUAUCCUCCAGAUCUGAGCCUCAUCACCAAGGCUCGUCACAAUGGUCAAAACUAUGUGUUUUCCCUCUUAACUGGCUACCGCGAUCCUCCUGCUGGUGUUUCGAUUCGAGAGGGCCUCCAUUACAAUCCUUACUUCCCCGGUGGAGCAAUUGCUAUGCCUAAGAUGCUUAUUGAUGGGGCCAUUGAGUAUGAAGAUGGUACCCCUGCUACUGAAGCUCAGAUGGGUAAAGAUGUCGUAUCGUUUUUAUCGUGGGCAGCGGAACCUGAAAUGGAAGAGAGGAAGCUGAUGGGGUUCAAAUGGAUAUUUGUAUUGUCUCUUGCACUACUACAAGCUGGAUACUACAGGCGGAUGAGGUGGUCAGUCCCGAAGUCCCGCAAGCUGGUAAUGGAUGUUGUGAACUAAUUUUCUCCCCAUCAUCUGCUUUUUAAUUUUUUUGUAUGCGAGUUGAAAGACACUCCAAUCAAAAAAAAAAAAAAAAAAAGAGAAUAAUGGGCUGUAGUAAAUUGUCCUGUUUUUGGUAUCUACCCAUGUUUUAAAAAAGAACGCCUAUGGCAAGACCACACUUUUUGUUUCAGUUAAAUCUUUUUUUGUAAGCGAAAUAAGAAAUUUAGGGCAUUAUAAUUUGGUCCUUUACAAAGGCUCGUCAAUUGUAUCUUAUUUUUGAGGGACCUAAAAUCACAUUUUGUGAUGUGGUUUUCUUUAGCAAACCCUUGAAGGAAUACGAAUUCUAGUGAAACUGAUAUAUAUAUCAUCUGAAGCCGAGUUAUUCAGCUUU